AGCAAUAGGAGUUGGUGCAAUAAGCAUCGUACUGUUGAUUAUGUCAACCUUUAUUGACAGACGUAUAAGCAACUACGUCAUUCUUCUGCUGAGUAGAAUGGUUGCCAUUACAGCUCUCAUGUGUACAUCACUAGAUAUUAUGCUUGGGGCUAUGUUGUACAAAUACCAGUUUAAAAAAACUGCAAGCAAUUAUGCCUCAGAUGUAAAUUUGGGGUAUCCCAUAGACAAGUUUGAACUUCAGAUGGGUUGGAAAUUGGAGUGUGCUGCUGGUGGCCUAUUUCUUAUGGCUACUUUAAUUGCCAUUGCAGAGUCUCUACACAAUCCUCCUUCAAAAGAUAAAAGCUCGAAAUCAGUCGUACCUUUUGAAGAGAAGACCAACAGCAACAACAACAAAAAUAAGGAGGAAGAAAAAAAGGAGAAUAAAAAGGGAAAGUUGGUUGUGGAAGACAUUGACGAAAACCCGGGGAAGAAAUCUUAAACAUGUUUAAAACUGACAUUUUCACUAAAUAUUUUAGCGUAUGUAACAUACACAAGUAAUUAGAUGAAAAUGAUGA